AUGAAGAUCAGGAGCAAAUUUGAAGAAAUGCAGAGUGAAUUGGUGCCAGUCAGCACAUCAGAGACAGCGCCUAUGGCCUCCCCUUCUUCCAACGCAAACACUGGGACAACACCUGAGAUAAAGGAAGACUCGUGCAGCCCGUUCCUUGGUGAUGAGAGCAACAAACUAGAAACCGAGUCUGAACUAUUGCCAUUGAACUCUGACAAAAUUUUAUAUCAACCUAAUGAACACAGUAGUCAAAUUGAACAAGAAAACUGUAUUCCAGACUGUGGUGCUGGUGAGAAUUGUUGUGCAAAAACAGACGCAUGCCCAGAAAACUCUGAACAAGUAGAUGACUUUCCUGCUGGGGACUUUGCAAAACAGGUGUCAAAAACAAGUGACCCAGAACAGACGGUAACACAGAUACUAGCAGAGUUAGGGUCACCUGCAUUUACAGAAGCCAGUAAUCCAAAGACUUCCUCAGCAAGCCUCUAUGAUACGGACUGCACCAGGAAACUCAUUUCUCAGAUAAAGACUGUUCCAGCAUCAGACGAUUUGUUGGGAGAAAUCGAAUCUGAGCUCUUAUCUGCAGAGUUUACAGAGGAACACCAAGUCCCAAAUGGAGUGAAUAAAGGGGAGCACGCCUUAGCCAUGUUUGAGAAGUGUGUGCACAGCAAGUACCUGCAGCAGGAGCUCACUAUUAAAGAGUUAAUUAAAGAAAAUAAGAAUCAUCAGGAACUCAUCUUAAAUAUUUGCUCAGAAAAAGACAAUUUAAGAGAAGAACUGAAAAAAAGAACAGAAACAGAGAAGCAACAUAUGAACAUAAUUAAACAGUUAGAAUUAAGAAUAGAGGAACUGAAUAAAGAAAUUAAAGCUUCCCGAGAUCAGCUAGUAGCGCAGGAUGUCACAGCUAAAAACACAAUCCAGCAGAUCCACAAAGAGAUGAGCCAGCGGAUGGACCAGGCCAAUAAGAAAUGUGAAGAGGCCCGUCAGGAAAAGGAAGCGAUGGUAAUGAAGUAUGUGAGAGGUGAGAAGGAAUCUCUAGACCUUCGAAAAGAGAAAGAAACACUUGAGAGAAAACUUAGAGAUGCAAAUAAGGAAUUGGAGAAAAACACUAACAAAAUUAAGCAGCUUUCUCAGGAAAAAGGGCGGCUGCAGCAACUCUAUGAAUCAAAGGAAGGUGAGACGUCUAGACUCAUCAGAGAAACAGACAAGUUAAAGGAAGAGAUCAGCUCUUACGUCAUUAAAGUCAAAUGGGCACAAAACAAGUUAAAGGCUGAAAUGGAUUCGCACAAGGACACCAAAGAUAAACUCAAAGAAACAACUACAAAGUUAACACAGGCAAAGGAAGAAGCUGAACAGAUCCGGCAAAACUGUCAGGAUAUGAUAAAAACAUAUCAGGAAUCAGAAGAAAUUAAAUCAAAUGAGCUUGAUGCAAAGCUCAGAGUCACAAAAGGAGAACUUGAAAAACAAAUGCAAGAAAAAUCUGACCAGCUAGAGAUGCAUCAUGCCAAAAUAAAGGAGCUGGAAGAUCUGAAGAGGACAUUUAAGGAAGGCAUGGAUGAGCUCCGGACACUGAGGACAAAGGCAAAAUGUCUAGAAGAUGAACGCUUGAGAACUGAAGAUGAAUUAUCAAAAUACAGGGAAAUUAUUAAUCGUCAGAAAGCUGAAAUUCAGAAUUUACUAGACAAAGUGAAAAUGACAGAUCAGGUACAAGAGGAGCUUCAAAGUGGUAAACAAGAAAUCGAACAUUUGAAGGAAGAAAUGGAAAGCCUUAAUUCUCUGAUUAAUGACCUACAGAAAGACAUCGAAGGCAGCAGGAAAAGGGAGUCUGAGCUCCUGCUGUUCACGAAGAAGCUCACUAGUAAGAAUGCACAGCUGCAGUCUGAGUCCUGCUCUCUGCAGUCACAGGUGGAUAGCCUCUCCUGCAGCGAGAGUCAGCUGCAAAGCCAGUGCGAGCAAAUGACACAGGCGAAUGCCAACUUGGAGAGCAGAUUGCUCAGAGAGGAAGAGCUACGGAAAGAGGAAGUCCAGAGCCUGCAGGCCGAGCUCUCCACUGCGCAGAUGGAAGUUAAAUCCCUGAGCACCCAGGUGGAGGAACUGAAAGACGACUUAGUGACGCAGAGACGCAAACAUGCUGCUAAUGUCAAGGACCUUAGCAAACAGCUUUCAGCAAGGUACUCGUCACGGAGAAAAUUAGACCAGACUGAGAAUGGAAACUUCGAUAAAGAAGUCAGCAGUAUGGGAAGCCGUUCUAGUUCAUCAGGGUCACUUAAUGCUCGCAGCAGUGCUGAAGACCGAUCUCCAGAGAAUACCAGCUCCUCGGUGGCUGUGGACAACUUCCCAGAAGUGGACAAGGCCAUGCUGAUUGAGAGAAUAGUGAGGCUGCAGAAAGCACAUGCCCGGAAGAAUGAGAAGAUAGAAUUUAUGGAGGACCACAUCAAACAACUAGUAGAAGAGAUAAGAAAGAAAAACCAAAGUAUCAUUUUGUUUUGCAGAAUAAUUCAGAGUUACAUUUUACGAGAAGAAUCAGGCACACUCUCAGAAGCAUCUGAUUUUAACAAAGUGCAUUUGAGUAGGCGUGGUGGCAUCAUGGCGUCCCUAUACACAUCCCAUCCCGCUGACAGCGGGCUGACUCUGGAGCUCUCUUUGGAAAUCAACCGGAAAUUACAGGCUGUUUUGGAAGAUACAUCUAAAAAUAUUACUUUGAAGGAAAAUCUGCAAACACUUGGAACAGAAAUAGAACGCCUUAUUAAACACCAGCAUGAACUGGACCAGAGGACGAAGAAAACCUAACACAAAAGCUCUUGCCCAGUAGACAGACAAGAGCCACAGAGCAGCAGGUGCCACUGUCCAGUGUCCUGAAACAGUCCUUGCUUUGUGUCAACUAAUCAAAAAUUCGUUUUACUUCCCUGUGUAGAAAGUGCCCUUUUAUGAAUGCAUUGAUGUGUGUGCCAUAACUGUCAGCUCAGUGAAGUUCAUUUCUGUGCGGUGCAGUUCAGCCCCCUUGCCACUGACUUCAGUAUCUAAUUCGCUUAUUGCCCUAAAGUGCUGACUAGUUGUACAGGGGUUAAAAAAAAAAAUCUUCCCUUAGUGAUUUCUUCCAUUGAAAGUAUUCGCAAAAAGGUGUUCUCCAUCCAUCCAUCCAUUGUUUCUGCAACACAAAAGAAACCUAGAGAAAUCAUAAAGUUUUCCAGUUUGAUCUGGACACAGUGAUCACCCUGUAGUUCUAGCUACUUCGAAGGCUAAGGAGGAUCUGGAGCUCAGGAGUUCAAAGCCAGCCAGGGCAACAUCCCAAAACCCCAUCACAAUUAGCCUUGAGUUGUGCUCUAAGGAUGGAUAUGAAUGCUUAAUUCUGAUUUUAAUGACAACGAGACAGAAAAGCUGGCUGUUGGUGGCUAGCAGUGACCAGGCACUAUUUAUGUCUGUCAGGUUUCCUUAUUUGGCAUAGCUACAUUUUCACAUUUAAGUUGUUUGAGUUACUAGGCUUUUAAAUCUUCAGUUAUACUUAAACUAUGAGUUUAAAUAGUGUAUAUACUUAAAAAUGUCCUGUGGAUUUGUUUAAACUUUAAAAUGUGAAGGGAGUCAAUCAUGAGAGCAGACAAGUGAAGACUCUGAAACUGACAUGCUUUGUUUACUGACACUGUGUGGAGGUGACGGCGACGGCUUACGGCAGUGGUUCUCAACCUGCGGGUCGCGGCACUAAUAAACGUAACAGCCUCUGGGUUAAGGGUUUAUGAAGACCAUGUUCCCAAGAGAAGCCAACACUUAGCACUGUUAACUUUCCAUGUGUGCACCCAUUCUUCAUUCUUGAUAGUUAAUUAGCAUAAUGAAAGUUCUCCCCAAAUGCGAUGUUUCACUAUAUUUUUAAAAACACAGUUAUAUCUUCAUAGCCAAGGAACUUAGAGCCAGAUUGUUGUAUCUUGCUGGAUAUUUACAGUAUUUAAGAUGUAUACUUAAUGUUGCCGAUUGUAGUACCAAUGUUUUUGUCAUUGAAUUUUUUUUCUCACCUACCAGAACCUAAACACUGCAUUAUGUUCAAACCAUCUGUAUCCUGGGAGACCUUGGAUCAUAUUGGCAAGCCUCUAUUUGUUUUGUGCUUGGGCAUUUUUUCCUCUUAAGGAACUUGAACUUUGGGGUAGACCUUUAAGAAUUGUAUGGGCUCUAGCGGACAUAGUAACACUUGCCGGUAACCCCAGCACCCAGGAGGUACAGGAAAAUUAAAGGGCAGCCUCAAGAACAAAGUGAAUUGGAGGCCAGCCUGGGCUAUGCGAAGCCCCAUUUUAUAAAUAGAAUUGUGUGGGCUCUAUAAAUUUGGAUCAUGUCCUUUUAAUGUGUUUAACAUUGCCUUAAAUCAACAUUGAUUGUAAAUGUAAUUACUAAAUACUAGAUGUCAAUAUAGUGUCUUUUUGUGAAUAUCUCUUGUUAUCCAAAAAGUAUCUCUAGCUUCAGAGUGAAAUGCGUUCAAAGUUGUUUUUUUAAAUGAGUUGUAAAAAGUAUUAGUCAUAAUGUCUUGCUCUUUUUAUUAUUAGUAAUUUAUUAGAAUAAAAAAAUAGGGUAAGUGCAAUAAGUUCUGAACUUUUUCCCCAUUUAUUCUAGACAUGCUGUAACACUCCACAGUCUACAUAGCAUAGGCAGUUUAGCUACACUUCCCUGGUUUCUCAGGUGAUAUUGAUUCAUAAGUUACAGUGGUUGGAUUUUUUAAUUCCAAGACACAAACAUGCAUAACAGAGACCAAUAGUGAUCAUGUCCAGAGUAUUCUGUACCUGUGUAUGGAAUACUUUAAAUUAUAUAUACAUUCAGUAGAGAGUGAACAAAUAGUGUUAAUAUUUAUGCCACCAUGUACUUGGAAACUUAAUAAUGGAAUAAUUAAAGAUAUUACUAAAAGCCAUACUUUAUCAUACUACUGUCUUUUUCCUAUCUCUGAGGCUUAAAAGCUGGAAAAGGCUUAUUUUCUUUUCACUUGCCAUCUCCUGUGUCCUUCCAUACAUGGUCAGGACUGAGCAAAGUAAUGUAUAAAAAUGCGUGUGCUGAGUGAUUUAUAAACAGCUCCACUCCAGAUUCCUCGGGUCCUCCUACUGAUUAUGUGGAGAAAAGAACCUGAGAACCCAGGGAGACUUAGACUUGUUGUAUUUGAGAAUUGUUAGUUACAAAUGUGAAGGACUGUUUUAGUUAUUUAAUAAUACUUUGGUAUCCUUAGGCAAGAAAUUUUGUGUAUCUGUGUCUGUCUGUCUGUGUAUCUGUGUGUGUGUGUGUGUGUGUAUCUGUGUAUCUGUGUCUGUCUGUGUAUCUGUGUGUGUAUUUGUGUCUGUCUGUGUAUCUCUGUGUGUGUCUGCAUUUGUGUCUGUCUCUGUGUGUGUGUAAAUUUUCCCUGUUCUCAUUUGAACGUGAACGCUCAUCAUUCAUUUUUUUCCUAUACCCCUGAGAUUUUGAGUCUGUUAAAACAGUCUCAGGGAUUGAACAUGGUGAGUUUGGACAGAAUGAACAAUUGUUGGUGGUUUUGUUUUGUUGUACGUAACUAUUUAAAGUGGUUCAACCAGACUCCAAAUGUCAUUUAUUCAUUUAAGAAAUAAUAGACAACCUUGUCCAGCACCCUAGAGGAAAUGUGGUUAUGGCUUUCCAGUCUUUAGGGACUAGCAGUCUCAUGACAACAGCAGGACAGGUCUUCAGACCUUGCGCCCGCGUCGGCCCAUUAUUGGGCUGAGAAGAAAGUUGAUCCAUUUGCACGGUAGACGCUAGAAAGUCCCAGCCCGACCAGGAGCUCUGACCUGGGGAGCACUGCGAGUGCUGUUUCCAUGGUGCUUCUGCACUUCUCACUUGGUAAGGGGAAACCUGAAGACCACAGCAUGGUGUUAGACCUUUAUCACCUAAUAAGUGUCUGACUGGUGCCUGCUUGACAUCCCGAUGAGUCUGUGUUGUUCAGCCUUCCAAUUCUCUCUACAGGAUAUUGAUUAUUUCUAAAUAUUUUUACAAGAAAAUUUAGGCUAAAAUCUGAAAGAAAAAACUCAGAAACUAUUAAUAAUGUAAAUGUGAUAUAUGUUGCUCUGGUAAGGAUAUUUUUUCUAAAUAAGGUCAUUCACGCCUUGGGACUGUUGACUCUACUAAUCUGCUUUUCGAGAUUGUUUUUUUGUCCAGCGAGGAGUUCACACUAACACUGUUAAUCUAGUUGGUGGCACUAGUAACUGGAAAACUGUCAGAGGUGAGCAAGAGAAAUCAUUGAGAAAGCAAACUAAAUGAAAACUUAGUUGCAUAUUGAAAUGUAUAUGUUCUUCUUCUCGAAUGGACUCCUGAACUGCACACAGCUGUCCUUCGUGACUUGUGUUAUCUUCGCUUCCUGACUGCGUGGAUGUCCACAUUGUAUAGCUACUCCUGGAUUACACUGUGCACUCUGUACAUAUUCUGUAUAAAGCGAUGCUCUUGGGGGGGUCUGUACAUUCUGUACCAUUAAAUGAGCAGUGCCUGUUUACCAA